UUUGUAGCAGGACUCAGGACCAUUAGGUUCCCCGAGGUCAGGAUGAGCUGUCGUUGUGUAGCCAGUGCUGCCGUGUGCUGCUCUUGGGGGCACAGAGUGUGAUGAGGCCCCAGCAUAGCUGAGCACUUUCCCUUGUUUUUCCCACCCUACUUUGCCACAGCCAGGCCUACCAGCAGGAGAGCCAGUCUUCCCUUGGGUGGGGCCGAGAGUCUCUCCUUAACCCAAGGGCUGCUUGUGUAGAGCUGUCUGAGGAGCCCUGAGGACAGAAGACCCCGAGAGCUCUGGGUGCCCUGCCCCUGCCUGUCAUCCUGCGCUGUCACCUGUCACCAUUGUGAAUUCAGGUUGGUGGCCAGGUGACUGCAGACAGUGAAGACAGGUCAGGGGUGGGAGUAGCAGGUCUGCAAUCCCAGCACUCCGGAGGCAGAGGCAGGAAGGUUUGAGUUUGAGGCGAGCCUGGGCUACAUCCUGAGACCAUCUCAAAAGAACAAAAAGGUCAGACAGGUCACAAUACCAGGUCACCUUCUCAUUCCCGACCCCACCCAGGCUGGGAGACAGGGUUAGGGUAGGAUGCUCUGUCCCUGUGAAGACAGGGGAAUAGGCCCCAUCUGAGGUUGACACUAGGAGGCUACCCUGACAGGAUGGAAACCGUGGGGUCAGAACCCGGACGUACAUUCGUGCAUGUACAUCUUACAGGUCUUCCCACCAGGGUCCACCUUCCUGGUCUGCGCCAGAGUUGGAGAGGCCAUCCUCACCUUUGUCAGCCUAGGUCUGGGAACUUUGGGCUCCUGGUCCCAUUACACCUUCUUAGUUAGGGUUACUAAUUACUGUGGUAACACAGUGACCAAAGCAGCGUGAGUUUACACUUCAGUAUCCAUGUCCAUCGAAGGAAGUCAGGAAGAAACUGCAGAGGCCAUGGAGGGUGCUGCUUACUGCCUGCUCCACAUGGCUUGCUCAGCCCACUUUCUUACAGAACCCAGGACCACCAGCCCAAGGAUGGUACUAUCUACCAUGGGCUGGACCCUCUCCCUUCAAUCACUAAUUAAGAAAAUGCCCUACAGCCAGAUUUAUGGAGGCAUUGUUUCAACUGACGCUUCCUUUCAAGUUGACCGAAAACUAACGAGCAUGCUACCCACCCUUUCCCCACUUGAACUCAGCUGUUCUGCGCUGGGCAAAUGAGGACAUUACUGGCCACUCCUUUCCUGGGGUUGGCUCCUGCCCUUGUGGCAGGCACUGAAAAUUAUAGGCUAUGGGAUCUGGAGCCCCGUUCAUCCCAAACCUAUUUUAGACCUUUGCACCAUCUCUAGAGACUCAUAGGGCCAGUGCUCUACCUAAGGCUGAGGGAGCUACAGAGACUAGGAGAGGAGGGGCAGAGUUGGUCUGGCAGCCUCUGAUUGUGGCCCACACUCUACUCCCAGGGCCUUGCCCAGGCAGCUGCAAUCACCAACCACAGUAUCCCUUGGGUUUGACAUGUUGAGCCAGGGCGCAUGACCCCCCAAUUAGUCCUGGCAGCAUCCCCUGCCCCGCCUGCUCACAUUGGAGGCACAGGCAGUGGAUAUAAAUGGUACUGGAGGCUGAAGGGCACAGAGCAGACAAGUUCCACACAGCAUCUGGUGCAGAACUGGCAGACACCAUGAGGACCCUCUCUCUGCUCACUCUGCUGGCCCUGGCUGCAUUCUGCCUCUCUGGUCCAGCAGAUGCAAAGCCCAGGGGCUCAGAGUCUGACAAAGCCUUCGUGUCCAAGCAGGAGGGCAGUAAGGUAGUGAACAGACUCCGGCGCUACCUGGGCCAUGGACUUGGAGCCCAAGCCCCCUACCCAGAUCCCCUGGAGCCCAAGAGGGAGGUGUGUGAGCUCAACCCCAAUUGUGAUGAACUAGCAGACCACAUCGGCUUCCAGGAUGCCUACAGCCGCUUCUACGGUACCACUGUUUAGGGCAGUCUCAACUUUGGCUACCCCAGGAUUCGACCCUCCCUGUUUCCUUCUCUCUGCCCUGCAAGUAUGGGUGGCACAGCUGCUCCAAUAAAGUCCAGAUGAGGAA